AAAAGUUGGCGAUGAACUCAGAGUAGGAGGGGGUGCCAUUCCUAGCCUCCUGGAGUCUGCAAAGAAAAGGGCCCACGUCAGUCAGGAGGCUUGCGCUAACUCAUGCGGGUGACUGCCACAUCCCCAGUGUAGGAAAAUGCAUUCUUUUGUUGUUGGCGGAGACAGUCCCCUUCCGCAGCUCCCGGGCCAAGGCUAGCUAACGACCAGGAGAAAUAAGAGUGGAAAAUGCAAAACAACGAAAUUAUUAAACCGGCCAAAUACUUCUCAGAGCUGGAGAAGAGCAUCUUGCUUGCUUUAGUGGAAAAGUACAAGUAUGUGUUGGAGUGUAAGAAAAGCGAUGCGCGAACUAUCGCCCUCAAGCAGCGUACCUGGCAGGCGCUGGCCCAUGAGUACAACUCUCAGCCCAGCGUGUCGCUGCGGGAUUUCAAACAGCUGAAGAAGUGCUGGGAAAACAUCAAGGCUCGGACCAAAAAAAUUAUGGCCCAUGAGAGGAGGGAGAAAGUGAAGCGCAGCGGGAGCCCACUGCUGAGUAACCACGUCCUGGGCAAGGAGAAGAUUGGCAACAUGCUGCCGGAGCAGCUGUACUUCCUGCAGAGCCCACCCGAGGAGGAGCCCGAAUACCACCCGGAUGCAGCUGCCCAAGAAUCCUUUGCUGUUUCAAACAGAGAACUGUGUGAUGAUGGGAAAGAGUUCGUCCAUUUCCCUGUGUGUGAGGGGACCUCACAACCCGAACCCUCAUGUUCAGCCGUCAGAAUAACAGCCAAUCAAAACUACAGGAGCAAACCCCCUCAGGAAGGUGCUUUAAAAAAGAUGCAGGAGGAAGAGCACCGUCAGCAAAUGUCCAUCUUACAGCUGCAGCUGAUCCAAAUGAACGAGGUGCACGUGGCCAAAAUCCAGCAGAUCGAGCGGGAGUGCGAGAUGGCCGAGGAAGAGCACAGGAUCAGGAUGGAAGUCCUCAAUAAGAAGAAGAUGUACUGGGAAAGAAAACUACAAACUUUCACCAAGGAGUGGCCUGUUUCCUCAUUUAACCGGCCUUUCCCCAAUUCACCCUAAGACUUGGGGAUGGCGCCCUUGUAGUGAAUCUGUGUUGGCAAGUUUGGGAUGUGACCUCUGCGGUCAGUAGGGCAGACCUACGACUAGGUGAAUUAGAGUGAUAGCAGUCACUUAUUUAAGAUACAUUCAGGUAAACAGCUGCACCCCAUGUACCCCUGACAUGGCCACGGAGCUGUUCCAGUCUCUGAAAACCACCACUAUGCGUGCUAUCAUUCUGAAUGUAAUGUUUCUUGAUUAGAAUUCAUAGAAGAACCGUGUGUGAGUGUUGUAUUUUUUAUUUUAUUUUAACGAAAUGCAAGUGUGAUGAUAAAGGAGUGUGGCUAGUGAUUUCUACUUUAUUUUUUGGUGGUUGUUUUUUUUUUUUUCCCCAGCUGACAGUGGAGCUUUUGCACCAGAUGUAAAGCCCUCCCACUGUAGGCUGCCCUGCGUGGCUGUCCUGUCUCCAUUUUUUUGGUGUUGUACUCUGAGUGUGGUUCUUUGGAAAGCCCAGCCUUUGGAAGGGUAUUUCCUAACAGGGCUCACAAACUGCCUUUCAAGGCUUUCCCCAAAGAGGCUUUCUAAGUAGUGUCUCCCACAAUGGUGGUUUUAGGAGAAGUAGGGAUAUAACAACUUUGAGGGUGUAUUGUUCAUUUAGAUUCCUACAUCCUGUCUGUUUUAUUAAAAACGUCUUAAAAUGUUA